AUGGCAUUAAAAGAUUUUCGGAAAUUAGAUUGUGUAGCUUCAAAUUCUUCUGAACGAUCAAAAUGUCAUUUGGUUAUAAAGGAUACAGAAGAUGAAGAGCCUGGCCGAAAAGCACCUGAAGAAGCUGGUUGCUUUAAAGAAACAAACGAAGGCGAUGAACGAGUCUACUGCGAUUUGGUUUGCCCCAAAGCACAUAGCGUAUACCAUGCACGAUCACUUAGCCAUAAAUCCUGCUUCAAAUUUUAUACUUAUGGAAUUGAACAACGUGGUGAAGAUUGGCUACUUUGGCGCUCAGGUAAAUGUUUAAGUAGUACGGUUAUCAUGGAUUUUGGCUGCAAAUUCGAUGCACCGUUUAAAACUCAAUUCGCAACAGACAACGAGAUCUUUGAACAUUUAAAAAAUCGUGCUCGCAAGGCGUAG